AUGGCCUCGCCUCAUUCCUCCGGGGAUGAAAACUACGGAAUAGACCCCUCCGUGCCGUUCAAGGGCGUCAUUGUCUGCUGCACCGACAUCCCGACUGAUCAACGGACGGACAUUGCCCAAAAGGUUGCCGAGCUCGGCGGCGUCCACAAAUACGAUCUCACACCAGACGUUACGCAUCUCGUCGUCGGUGGCUACGACACCCCCAAGUACCGCCAUGUUGCGCGCGAGCGAGUCGACAUCAAGGCCAUGGACGCCGGCUGGAUCGUUGCCGUCAGCGAGCUGUGGAAAAAGGACGAGGAGAUUGAUCUUGCCGCGCUGGAAAAGAGCUACCAAUUGAAGCCACUGGAGACGAGCGGCGCCGAGCCUUGGUCGGAGGAAGAAGAAUCGCCAGCCGCAAGAGGAUCUCUGCUGGUAUGUCUGACGGGCUUUGGCGAGCAGAGAGACAAGAUUGCAGAGACAGUCAAGCAGAAUGGAGGCCGUUUCACCGGUGACCUGACCAGGAGAUGCACGCAUCUGAUUGUCAACAAGCCCGAGGGCAAGAAGUUUACGGCGGCCAAGUCGUGGGGUGUGCAUACGGUCACCUUGGACUGGCUCAACCAGAGCGUCGAGCGCGGCAUGAUUCUAGAAGAAGCCAAGUUUGAUCCGCUGCUGCCUGUAGAAGAGCAAGGUUCUGGCGCUUGGGUAAAGACGGAUCCAAGAAGGACAUCCCUGGGGAAGAGGGCAAGGUCGGCAAUCUUAAAUGGCGGGCCGGACGAGGGUGCAAGGAAGCUGCGCAAAACCGCCAGCAUGAAGCUGAGCUCACAGAGAAAUGACCUCUGGGGCGACAUUCUGGGUAGAUCCGCAUCAAGAGAGUACUCGUUUGCUCAUGAGAAUCCGCUCAAGGAGGAGACACAGGCACAGGCACAAGCACGCCCUGCGCCAACGCCAACCUCUGAAGUUCCCACGCAGCCAGGCUACUCUCUCCAGGAGGACCAAGGCGUCUUUGCCAACUGCACCUUUUUCAUCCAUGGAUUUCCGACACAAAGAGCAUCUAUACUGGAACAGACAAUUACCACCCUUGGCGGCAACGUUGCGACAUCGCUACAAUCCCCUGCUAUGCUGUCUGAACCAACAGACCCUGAGCAUUGUCGGUUCCUCAUCGUCCCCCAAACCUCACAGCCCGAUACCCAUCCCACCGUACCAAACGAACACAUCCACAUCAUUACCGAGUUUUACAUUGAAAACUGCUUGCAUAACAAGCGAUUCUUUAGCCCCAACGAGCAGGUGCUCGGACGACCUUUUCCCCUUUUCCCCAUCCCUGGCUUUUCCAGUAUGGUCAUAUGUAGCGCUACAUUCACCGGAAUAGAGCUCAACCAAGUCGCGAGAAGCGUGACCCAGCUAGGCGGCAAGUAUGAAGAAGAAUUCCGACGAUCGACAAACGUGCUGGUGUGCAAGUCUCUCAUGUCAAUGCGCAGAGAGAAGCUGAAAUGCGCGCUGGACUGGGGCGUGCCCGUUGUCUCGGCAGACUGGCUUUGGGAAUGCAUAUCCAGCGCCGGUCUGGUCCCCAUUGAAGACUUUAUAUACCCCGAAAUUAAGAAGCGUCGCGUAAAACGACGAGAUCCUUUUGUCAACGAGGAAGAGGAGCCCGCCCCAGCAAAAGAAGCCUCUCAAGCUCGAAAAGAAAAGGCUACACCUACAGACUCAGAAGCAAAGCCCACAGCCCGGACUUCCAAGCCUACCAUCGGCGCUGGCGUCGAUACUACGGCUUUUGACAAGGAUGCUACUGAGAAAAGCCGCGUCAGGCAGCAUACACUCGAGUCAAUUACAUCGGCAGACUUUAUGACAGCACCAACUCAUCUCGUUGAAAGCGUACAAGCAGAUACUCCUCCUCCCCUAUCCGAGCUGUCUGCCGCCGCGCUCAACGUGUCACCGAAGCUACCAGCUGCCAAAGUCAACGUCCCUCGCACCAUAUCUGCGCCGGCCAAGAUACCAGAUAGCAAUAGAAAAGAACAAUCAAUCCCUCCUGCCCUCGACCCUUCUCCUCCACCUCCGCCAUCAGCCCCUGAACCUCUAAAAGCAUCAAUACCGAAUCCAGCCCCUGAAUCAACAACAAAGCAAACAGAAGAAGAACAAGAAGCCGAAAAGCAACGCCAGCUCGCCGCCGCCGAACUCCGCCAAGGCCUCACAUCCGCCCUCUCCGACCUCAUUCCCCCGCCCCCAAAGUCCACCUCGCUCAGCGACAACAACCACAACCAAUCCGACUCUCGCACCAUCCGCCGCCGCCGCCAGAAGAUCCUCGGCCGCGCCAUAAGCAACGCCUCCAACACGAGCAGCGCCACCAGCAUCGACGCCGUCGUCCCUCGAGUUGCCGCCGCCGCAUUGCACGACGAUGACGACGAAGAGCACCAGCAGAGACAGUCUCCGCCGGCGACGCAGCUCGAGUAUCGCGAUCCGGAGGCGAUGGAGACAAAGGCCAUGCUGAUGAGUCGGAUGACGGGUGCUGCUGAGGGAGCGACGGAGGUGCUUGGGCGGACGAGGUCUUCUGCUAGGAGGAAGUGA